AAAUCGAACAGAAUCCUAGGAGUCCCACCCCGGCCGGAAGAGCUGUAUGCCCGUUUUAUACUGCUUGACUCCCCUCCCGACGCUCGUCCUCCAUACCUACGACCGUUCCCUCAUCACCGAUAGCGUGCGAAACAACCUUCCUCCAAACACCAACACCACACACACGACGAUGCUGGACGCCUUCUUCGCGGGCCGCCGAAGGCCUGCCUGCGCACCGCCGCCCCCCGUCACCUCCGCCCCCACUAUGUCCCCCUACACGUCCGAAGAGCUGAUCGGCAUGUACACCUCGCGCUCCUCGCCCGUCGCCCCGCCCCCCGACGGCGUCUACGUCCCCAGCAAUCGCUCGUCGUACUCGCCCGGCGAGGCCAGAAAGAGUCUACUGGCAUACAUGGACUCGGAUAAUUACUCGUACCACGACGCCGACGUGUUGUCGUCGGGGACCAACAAUGCUACUGCCGGGACCAACGGACAGGACCAUCUGGAUGCGAGGACUCCAAGGUCGGCGGCCACGCAGCAGCAGCAGAACGCGGGCUUUCUGGCCUCGGUCUGGGCGUUAGGUAGAUAUUUAUCCGUGGCCACCGCGUCGUCCACUCGGGAGGUUGUUAACGAUGUCGUCACUAUGGCCGCAGGAUUCAAAAGGGAAAAACGGAGUUAUGCAGCGUCCGUCGGGUCAUCCGCCAACAUGGAUGAUUUCGUCGGGAGCGAAGAGGGGGAAUCGGUCACGGAGGAGGAGGAGGAUUACGAAGAGGAGGAGGAGGAUGAGGAUUUGCCAUACCGCCCCGAUACCGUUGACAAGGGAAAGAGUAGGGAAUACCACGCUGGAUACCAGGCUGGCGGCCCGUCCAACCCCCCAUUGGCGUCGCACGAUCCGAUCCCGUCCCCUCCUUCCACCGCAACCGAGACCGUCGUCGCCGAGCACAGAGGGGAGUCCGAGACCGAAACCGAGACCGUGGUAUCCGCCGUGGUGUCGGAUGUCGAGGCCAUGCCAAGCUCCGACCAGCGUCCUCUCCUAGAGCGCCACCAGUCCAAGUCUCAAUCCGAGCUUCGGCCCAACUCUGAGGUAGUGACCAACGCUCCAAGGAGAUCCCCCAGUUUGAUGGACCUAAAGGAAGCUGAGAAGGAUGCCCGACAGGAUGACAUUAGGAACAUGCUUCGCGAAUCCGUGACCGCUGCCGAAGCCGUGGCCGCGGCCCCAGGACCCGUGAUGGUGGCGGACCUGCCCGCCAAGGAGCUGGUCGAGGCCAAGGAUUCAACCCCCGAGCCCACCCCCACCGCUACCAAGGCCGAUAGCCCGCCGCUCGGCGUCGCCGUCGAAAUCCCCACGAAAGAGGAGGAUGCCACCCCGGAGACUCCGCCCAAGUCGCCUCUCCGAAACCGCAACAGCGUCUCGGGAUCGCCGAGCAGCUCGCACCACGAGUUUGCGGCGCCCGAGGUCGCCAAGGCGGAGAGCGUGGAGGAGGUGAAGUCGUUCAAAGAGGAGGAAGGUAAGACUGAGGUGGCGGAUAAGAACGAGGUGCCCCCGGUUGUUCCCGAGGCCUCCGGAGAGGAGACCAAGGAGAAGGCUAUGCCAGACCUGAAGGGCUAUUCCGAGGCACUGUCGAGCAUGUUACUUAAUCCCACAGCUCGCAGUACCGUCGUCGAGGACCCCGAGACCGCCACCGCCGAGAUCGCCAAAUCAACUCCCGAGAUCCUCCCUACCGAGGUGCUAGCUAAGGCCGCCGAGGCUGCCACCCCCGAGAUCACCAAGCCAUCUCCCGAGAUCCCUGCUUCGGUACCAGUCGAGGCCCCCGAAGCUGUCACCGCCGAGAUCACCAAGCAAUCUCCCAAGAUCCCAGCUGAGGUGCCAGUCGAGGCCCUCGCCACUACUCUCAUCGAGAUCCCCGAGACUGCUGCUUCCGAAGGCCGUGAGUUCUCCGUCGCCGAAUUCUCCGACACUAUCGCCUCCACUCCUCUCGCCUCGAUCGCCGAGGCAAAGGAGGAGAAGCGCGAGCCAGUCAAGGUUCAGGAAUCGCUUCGGAAAAUCUCCGUCGACAGCAAGGUUUCCGCCUUUACGGAGGCCGAUGCCGCCGUCACUCCAACUCCGGAGACGAAGGCAGAGGAGAAGCCCGCUGAGAAGGCCGAGAAGGCCCCUUCGAUCACCAGCCCCCCAGGCCUCGAACGUCGCAAGUCGAACGCGUUCCGACGGGACACCAUACAGCGCUCCCUGAGCAUGUUCCGAAAGAAGGACAAGAACAAGUCCAAAGAUUCGAACGAGCUCCCAGCUGCGACCACAACCUCGGCCGUGGAACUGACUCCCCCCCCCACACCCCCGCACACCGACGAUCAAACCGAGAAGGGGGAGACACCGGCACCGGCAGAACGGCCGAAACCCGCGUCGAGGAUGUCCAUGUUCGCGCUCACCAAGACGCUCAAAGAAAAAGCCGCCAAGGAAGCGGCUGCAGCUUCUGCAGCCACAGCCACAGCCGGCGACGGCGAUUCCGCUAUCGCCGCGCUCUCCAGCACCCUUGCAAGCGAAGCAGGCAAGUCCAAAAGUGCGGAAAGUCCAGCCGCCGCCUCGGAAAAGCCGGAACUCAAGAAGAGGGCGUCCUUCAUCAGCAUCGCCGAGUCCUUCCGCUCGCAACGCCCUGCUACUUCGGCCGGUAUGCUCACGACUACGAAGGAGGGAGAUGAUGAGCCCAAGACUCCCCAGCGCCGCCCCACAUUCCGUCCCUUCACCUCGUCGGGCGACAAGUCGAAAUCGCGGACUAAGAGCUGGUUCGGCGGUGACAAGAAGCCAAAGGUCAACGACAAGGGCGAGCUCGUGGAUCCCCGACCGAGCAAGGACGACGAUGCGCCCAUCACCCCGGACAAUACCUCGUCGAUCGCACCCUCGAUCGCGCCGUCGACCAAGGAGCUGGCCAAAGAGCCGACCAAGGAGCCGGCCUCUCCCGUCCCCGAAACCCCAGCCAAGGAGGCCAAGCCCAAGUUCUUUAGGAGCCCGAGCAUCAAGAGAGCGCCCACCUUUGGCCUCGCGAACCGCAGCCUGAGUUCCAGCGCCGUGUCGAUGGGCACCACCGCCACCACUGGCACCACCGCCACGGACGCGACGGCAGCCACAGGCACGGAUUCCCCCACCACCAAGAGCAAGGGUGCCGCGAGGAUGAAGGGGCUGGUGAGAGCUAGCACGUUCAUGGGCAUGAGCAAGAGAAAGGACAAGGGCAAAGGCAAGGAAGUUGCGGCGGAGUAAUCCGUCGCCGCCCAGCCGGCCGCCCAGCCAAGCCGCCAGCCCGCCAGCCCCCGUGCGCCACAGUUGAAGAGUUUAACGAGUCCCACGAAUUUCUUUCUGUAACACUAUUUUUUUUUGGGUGGCGGGGGAGGGACUAGGGGGCAGUCAUCAUCUGUUGAGGUGUUUUUCUUGACGUCUUUUUUUUAUACUUUUUUCCACAUUCGCGCUUUCCUUUACCAGAUUGGAUUACCAUUUUUCGUCUUUUAGGAU